AUGCGCUGCUUGAAAGUUAUCACUCGAUCGACCGUAGUUGUGCUAGGACAAAGUGAGAGGGAGCUGAUGCGGGGGCCCUGGUUCCGGAAAUUGGUGGUGGCCAUCACAAUCGCUGCCGUCUUUGCUGUAUUUCGAAUCAGCAGUGAGCAUUUUGUCGACAGCGACUCUGGGUCCAGACUGAUCAUAAGAAGAUCGCAAAUCCAAAGAGUACCGAACCAGGAUGCUAGCCUGUCGAUCCCCUUCUUAGACAAGGUUAGCAACUUCUGGUAUGUCGGAGGAGGAACCGAGAUACGAAACAACGAGUUCAUAAGGCUUACGAGGGCCGGUUCCAGUGGGCAUCAUGGCUUGAUCCUAUCGAAUGGUUUGGGGGACAAUACGAUUGACAACUUCGAGACGGUGGUGAAGUUCAGAAUAUCGCCAAAGGCAGGGAAUAUGCGAUCUCGGUUAAUGGGAGAUGGGAUGGCUAUUGUCAUCACACCGGAGAAGGAUUUCUUGCUGCAAGAUCUGGCGUCAUCUUAUGCCAGAAGACAGUAUGAAAUAAACUCUGGUGGGAUUGUCGCUGGAGAUACACAAAUGAUGGGUCUACCGAAGAACCUUCCAGGUUUGGCACUGAUCAUCGACACCUAUAAGAACGAUGGGAAAGCGGGAACUCCGAUUCCGUUCCUAGACAUCAUAUUGAAUACUUCUCCAAGCACGCAAGCCUACGAUGCAGAUAGCGACGGGGCGAAGACUACCGCAAUCAAGAUCAAUCAAAACAAAAUACGUCUGAAGAAAUCCAUUAUGACCGGUGAAACUGUCCAGCUGCGGCUAAUAUACAUUGAAAGCGAGAACUUCUUGAAGAUUGACAUCCAAUAUACCAGAGAGGGAAAUUACUGGAUAGAGCUUGUGCAUACGCAUCUUCCGACCGUGCUUCCAAGAAACAUUGAGAGCAAUCAACGAUAUAUUGGAAUCAGUGCUUCCACUGGUGAGCUAUCGCAAACAGUCGAUAUACUCGGAAUAGAAACUAACGAAUAUCAUUUGAAAGGCAAGGAUGGCCUGUCAAAAGACUUCUUGAGAGAAAUAGAGCUUUAUUUUCUCCAGGAAUUUAACGAUAAGAUAGUAAUGGAGAAAGAUGACUUCCAAAGAUGGAAGAUGGCGAAAUCUAGACCACUAUAUCAAACUAAGGAAAAGGCUUCUGUAAAACCGGGACGGCACGGUAGUUUCGUCCAGACGUUUGCAUUUUUCUUCACAAUUCUUAUUUGCAUCUAUUUGGCCUCGGUUUACAUAAGGGUCAGUAUAAAACACUUCCUGAAUGCAAAUCGAGGUUCCACGAAAAGAUCAAGAGCACUGCCUCGGUGA